AUGUUGAGAUCAGCGCCUCCACUGGGAAAGCAAAUCGCUACGGAGAUGCUCACUCCCCUCUGCGACUUCGGCAACACCGAGGGCGUGACCUGGUGCGAAUGGCGGUCCCCUGGUCCUCAUGCGAUCUCCAGGGCCGGCAGCAGCCAUGCAGUGACGUCAUGGACGCUCUCCACAGGCUCCAACGCCCUGUGGGUCGGAGGGCCUCUCAACGACACCACGGGGGACGACAGGGGUGGUUAUGCCUUCCACGAGACCUCAAGCGGGCCGGGCCUGCAUGCCGAAGUGGCAGUCAUGGAGUCGAACACACAGCAGGCCACGGGCGCUGCGGGAAAAUGCCUCAAGUUCUGGUACACCUUAGACGGCCUCAGCGCCAGCGAACUGCGCGUGCGUGUGAAGGGCGUUGACUCGGAGGAAAUGGUCACUAUAUGGGAGACGCGCGACCAGACGCGAGGGGAUUGGAAGGAGGCGCAAGCGCUCUACACAUUCACGACAAAUCAUUCGCUCGUGGUGGAAGCCAUCCCUGCGUCUAACGCUGACCCCUUCAACAUAUUCCGAGGUCACGUAGCUGUAGAUGACCUCGGCGUGAGGCCGGGACAGGAGUGCAUCGGCCUGUGUUCCUUUGAGGGUGGCAUGUGCGACUGGAACAACGCGCAGAAUGACGACUUCGACUGGAAACUUGGCCGCGGCACUCAGAAUCCUAUCACGGGCCCUCCCAGAGACCACAGCAGUUCCCAAGGCACUUCUCUCGGAGGCGCUUACGUCUACAUAGACUCUGGCUUUCCUCGACGCCCGUUGGAUAUCGCCAGGCUUGAGAGCAUUGAAUUCCAGGAGACGGACCCCAACAACCCACCGUGCAUGCGGUUCUUCACCUUCAUGUCAGGAAGGGGCGUAGGAACUCUCCGCGUGAUCCUUCAAGACGUCGUCACGAGGAAUGAACGCGUCCUUUGGGCGCUCGCCGGAAGCCAAGGUUCGCAGUGGGUCAUGGCGCAGCUGCCGCUCUCCUCUAACACGCCAUUCAAGGUUAUCUUCGAGGGUUCCAUCGGCAAGCCCCGCCUCGGAGACGUUGCCAUCGACGACAUCACCAUCAUUUCCGGACCAUGUGCAACCCUCCCUACCAUCGCGUCCCCCCCGAGCUCCGGCGACUGUACCUUCGAAGACGACACAUGCGGCUGGGCGAACCCCUCCAUCAGGCAGCGCCUCGACGACCUGGAUUUCUUGCGAGUCAAGGCCUCUGAAUACGUUUUCCCGACGACCGACCACACUAGAGCGGACCAACAAGGCUUCUACAUGGCCCUGGAGAGCCCCGAGAAGAAGCUGGAGGGCGACCGCGCCUGGCUCAUCUCCCCGGUCAUGACAGGCCAACAACAGAUCAAAUGCCUCUCCUUCUGGUACAUGAUGUUCGAGCCCCUGUCAGACGAGAACGAGCCCAACCUCGGGUCUCUGAGCGCCUUCUUGAAACGAGAAGACGAGGUGGGCGCGAUCGUCCUGACGCCUAUCUGGUCGCUGCAGAACUUCCAAGGCCUCACGUGGUACUUCGGCCAGGCGCCUCUCAGGGCCGAUGGAGACUUCCAGGUCGUCUUCGAGGGCGUGUGGGGGUCGGCCUUCAGCAAGGGAACGGUGGCCAUCGAUGACGUCAGCAUUUUCGAAGGAAAUUGCCCAACCAUUCCCGAAGCCGCCGUCGUUCGCGCCGGCGACUGCACCUUCACGCGGGGUUCCUGCGGCUGGAGGAACCUCACAUCCGACCCUGAUUUCAACUGGAGCAACGCCUCGCCUCUGCGGCGCCCCAUCAGUAUGAAUGACCAUACAUACGGAUCCGCCGUCGGCUACAUCUACUUCGAUGUGUUCAACCUGAACUCCCGCUCCCAGCGCUUACAACUGGUUUCGCCCGUCAUGGAGCCAUCCGUGGACCGGUCUCCGCAGUGCUUCACUUUCUGGUUCUCGGGCUUCGGAGCAGACGCCAACACGACCCUGCGGAUCUUCCAGCGGCCGGCUCAGGACGAUAACAAUCAGCUCAUCAAUAACCUCACCGAUGAUGUUCUUAUCUGGAAUUAUGAGCCCCUGGUGGACCGCAUCCGAGGGUGGCAGUUCGGCCAGGUGACCCUCGUGUCCAACUCGCGCUUCCAGAUCGUGAUCGAAGGCAUGUCCUACAACGGAGGAUUCACGCUUGACGACUUCAAGGUUUACAAUGGCGGAUGCGCAAGGCGUCCCAGAGGUCCCAAUGCAAUACAAGAUAACUGA